AGGAGAAUGGAAGGGAAAGUCAGGUAAUUUAAAAACAGACCUUGGGAUUGUAUAGAUCUGUUAUUCCUCUGAGGAUGAUUUCUGGUGGGGAAAUGAUGGUGUUUUUUACUUUUUGCUUGACAGUUGUGGACUGUAAAUGGCUUGGAGCAUUCAGAGAAAAGAGAUGGUUUUGAUGCCUGAAGUUUUGGUUUUUAGCUGAAUGAUGCCAAAGAGAUCUGUGAUACAAAAUAGGAGUUGUCAGGAUGUAGAAGGUCAGCACUUCUACUGCUGUAAAUAGGGUGCAGUUGAUUACAUUCAGUUAUACUGUAUAGCGUUGCAACAGGUGACAAACUAAUACAGAGGUUUUUAGUCUUUCUAUUAGAAGAGACUAAGUGACCUAAGACUACAAAACGUUUUUCCUCUCCUGCCCAGUCCUUGCUUUCUUCCCAUCAAAUGUUUCGAGCAGCAGAACUCAACUCAAGAGUUGUCUUUGUGCCAAAUUUUAGGGCAUCAAUAUAAUGGAAAUCAGUGUAACAGCUAAAAUGUGUUUGUUUUGUAAAGUUUAUUUUUUAAGUAAAUGUGAGUUGGGGCUAUUCACUGUCUACCUCCAUUAUUGUAGAGUUUUUCUGAAAACUUCCUUGGUUUGUGUCAUUGUCCGCUUUUAAAGCUGUUACUUAUUUCCACUAUUUUUUCCUCUAGGCAGGGACAAAACAAGCCAAGUGAUAAUUACUUAAUUUAUGGAGAGAUACAUAGGUCAGCUCUUGGGGACUGCAUUCAAAUAACUCAAAUAUUUCAUGUAGAAAUAGAAAUACGCUCACCAGGCAUUGUAGUAAGUCACUGCUUACAUUUAUAAGCUUAAACAAUAACUUUUUAACAUUUAUAACUGGGAAUGUUGUAUCUUCAAGGACAGUCAGUAUAUUAAAAUUGUAAAUCACUCCCAAAGGACCCAGGAUGUCAAAGUGUAUUUUACAUGAGUAGGCGAUGUUUUUGUUGUUUGAGGGCUCAAGGCUGCUGUCAGAUGUUAAUUAAUUGCAGAGGAUCAGUAGUUCUCCACUGAGAUAAUUUGUUUGCUUCUGAAGUUCCUCUGAGAAGAUUUUAAAAAGAAGAAAUUUCAUGUGAAGCCACCAUUUUUUCAGAGUUGUGUUAACUCUUGCAGUGAUACAUUGGCUGAAAACUUGCUUUGUUCUUUUUCUGCAGGUAGUUGUCACAUGAAGGUACAUUUAUAGGAAGCUGACGGAUUUUUGCCAUCAUCUGUGCUGCCCUUGCCUCUGCACCCAGCUGACAAGAUGGUGUUUCGGAAGCCACCAGAUGGUGGCUGGGGCUGGGUGAUUGUUGUCGUUUCCUUCUUCACCCAGUUCCUGUGUUAUGGAUCACCGCUGGCGGUGGGAGUCUUGUAUUUAGAGUGGCUGGAUGCUUUUGGAGAAGGGAAAGGCAAGACUGCUUGGGUUGGAUCGCUAGCAAAUGGAAUUGGAUUGCUUGCCAGUCCUGUCUGCAGUAUAUGUGUAUCAUCUUUUGGAGCAAGACCAGUAGCUAUCUUCAGUGGCUUUAUGGUGGCUGGGGGCCUCAUGAUGAGCAGUUUUGCACCUAACAUAUACUUCCUAUAUGUUUCAUAUGGGAUAGUUGUUGGUCUUGGAUGUGGCCUUUUGUAUACUGCAACAGUUACCAUCACGUGCCAGUAUUUUGAUAAACGAAGAGGCCUUGCACUUGGUCUGAUUUCAACAGGCUCAAGUGUUGGACUCUUUAUAUAUGCAGCACUGCAAAGAGAGCUUAUUGAGCUGUAUGGACUGGAUGGGUGCCUGCUAAUAGUUGGUGCCCUAUCUCUAAAUAUAUUGGCAUGUGGCAGCCUAAUGAGACCUUUGGAAUCACCCAAUUCUCCUCGACCAGAGAAAAUGUGUGUAGACAAAGUCCCAGAUCAAUAUUUUGUUUACCAUGGAAAGGAAAAGACCAUUGAAGAAAAUAUCAGCAUCCUUGAAAAGGGCUAUAUUGAUGAAAAAUGUGUGAACAAUGUGCCUGAUUGCAAACAGGAUAUAAUUUUGAAUAAGAAUGUAUUGAGUUCAAUAAAUGUAAAUGAGAAAGACACUUACAAAAAGAAAGUUGUAGAACAGACAAACUUCUGCAAGCAAUUUGCCAAAAGGAAGUGGCAACUCUAUUUGACCUACUGGAAGGAGACCAUGGUUCUUUUCAAGAACAAAGUAUUUUCAGCUCUUUUUGUUGCCAUCUUGCUCUUUGAUAUUGGUGGAUUUCCUCCUUCUUUGCUCAUGGAAGAUGUAGCAAGAAGUGCAAACAUUAGUGAAGAUGACUAUUUUAUGCCUCUUAUUUCCAUUAUUGGCAUUAUGACGACUGUUGGCAAACUGAUUUUAGGAAUACUGGCAGAUUUUAAGUGGGUUAACACUUUAUAUCUCUAUGUAACUACCUUAUUAAUGACAGGAGUGGCCUUGUUUGCAAUUCCAUUUGCCAAAAGUUAUCUUACAUUAGCGAUGCUUUCUGGGAUCUUGGGUUUUCUGACUGGGAACUGGUCGAUUUUUCCAUAUGUAACAACAAAGACUGUGGGGAUUGAGAAACUGACUCAUGCCUAUGGGAUAUUGAUGUUCUUCGCUGGACUUGGCAAUAGCCUUGGACCACCAAUUGUAGGCUGGUUUUACGACUGGACACAGGAGUACAACACUGCUUUUUAUUUCAGUGGCCUUUGUGUCCUGCUGGGUGGAUUUCUCCUGCUGUUGGCAGCGCUGCCCUGCUGGAAUGCCUGCACCAAUCAGAGCUCCAAGCUGCCUCCAAAUACUUACUCCUACAAAGUUGCAUCUAACACUUAGGUGACAACUGGAAAACACUUUGCGCCUUUUUAUAUUAUAUAGCAAAGUGUUUUAGUAAUUUUCCACUUAUUUAUGAAGCCCACAAAUCCUCUUUCCACUAGAAAAAUUCCAUUGUUGCUUGUUCAGUUCCUUUUCCUUCUUUUAUUUCUUUUUUUUAAAUGUUAUUUUUUAAAAUAGUCUUAUUUUGUGUACUAUGCCCCGUGUUUUCAGCCCUUGUCUACUGUAAUUUCCUUUCACCCUGUAAAGGGGAUGUUCUGCUGUAUUAUCAGCUGUACUUUUUUUAAGGGGGGUUGGUUUGGAAAGGUGAACACUUUGAAGCAAAAAUGAAGGCCUGGUCUUUAUAGGAGAAGGCUGGAAUUUCUGCCACCUUCUAUAGGUCUCCAAGUUGCACGAUUAGGCUUUACAAAACAAGAAUUUGCCUUAUUAAAAUGUAGUACUGUGGCAAGGUGCUUUUAACAUCAUGCUUAGAUUAACUUUUUUGUCUUUUUAAAGUUUUUCCAAUUACAAUUUAAUUGCCAAUUGUGGGAGGGAGAAGAGAGGAAACAAAAUCAGCCUUGUGUUGUGUAACUGAAGUGAACAUUAUGAUGAAAGUAAAGAUUCUUAUUACCACUGUGGCUAACAACCAUGUUUAUAAAUAUUGCACAUUUUGUGAAGCCUCUUUAUAAAACUGUUGAACCAAAACCUUUUAAAACCAAGGAAUAAAUGUGAUUGUUGAAACCGUGAAAGGAAA